AAAGCACUGAUUUCUUAAUAGCAGUGAAGCUGAAGUCUUUGCAGGCUGUCUUAGUGCAGUAUUUUGACACAAACACAGUCUCCUACAUUUGUUAUUUCUUAGUAGACUAUCAACUUGAAUGAGUCCCACUCUCAUGUUGUGUUGGCGGACCCUCUCUUGGGGGGGAGGUGUGCUCAAAGCUGAGCUCCUGAGUGAGCUAGGCAGAGUAUGCAGAGGCACUGAUUGCAUGGAUGGCUGAAUGCAGCAGCUGUGUGAUUUGUUAGGAGUUAUCCACUCUGACGGUGGAUGGAGGCAAUGGAAUUCAGUGCCCUGGGGCUCUUUUCAGAAGGUCUCUCUAGACUCCUGGGGAGGCAGUCCAUUUGAAUCAGGAAGAGAAGUUGGGAUCAGGUACUGAUUUGGAGUCUGAUAAAUGCGUGCUCAUCGUUACCAGCUGAAGAUUUGGUAUCUUCAGAAGUUGUGCCUUAGGAAAACAUUUGUAAGGCUGAGCUUUUCAGUAUCUGAGGGUGGGUCUUCCUCCAAACUUUCAACAUCUGUCCUCUGUCAUCUUGGCUGCUCAGUGUCACUUGAGGACCAGACCUUGCUUUCUGUCGACACAUGAGCUCUGGGUCAGUUCUUAAUGAAAGCAAAAUUAUAUUCAUCUGCAGCUUUCAUUCUUUGGAACUGAUGGCAGUUCUAGUUCCCCCUCUGUUUUUAGUACUAUGUAAAGCUGUAAGAUUUAAUUCUAAGGCAUUAGGCAAUACGAGGGGAGUUUUUCAUAUUUAGUCAGAGUCAGUGCAGUGGAGCUCGGAGAUGUCCUGCUGAAUCUGCUGGAUUGCCUUUUAGUAGGAACUCAAUUCUGGUUGGACUCUGAAACAUCUGUGGAUGUCUCCACUGCUUGCUAGCACUGAGAGCUGUGAGCAGCAGUGCUAGAUGAAUCAGGACACCUAAAACGGGGAGAGGAUGAGGUACUGCUGUGCCUCUGUCACUGACAGUUACAUGUGAGUGUAACUUCCUACAGGGUGCAGCAAAGCUGCGGCAGUGUGUGUGGGACAGCAGAGAAAUAAGGUCUGUGUGUUUCAGGCACGGCUGUGCCAGCUUCAUGUCCCUUUGUCUUGCUAAGCCUUUGGGAUGCUGCAGUGAAUAGCUGCAGAGGUGUUUGUUAUAAUGCAGCGGCUUGGGGAGAGGUGUGGAUGGACAGAAGCCAGCAUUCCUUUCCCUCCCUGCUCAGUGGGCCAGAGGAGGGCAGAAGAAACAAUCCUUUGCUUGAAUUGCAAGCAGUGGGGUAAGAUUUUUUGACUGGAAUUUAUCACUGGUAAAUUUCCUCAGCUCAGCUGAGGAUAUGCUAUAGAAAUACACAGCAUCUCUGCUGCGCAGAUGUUUCCACUGUGGGCUUUUGAAGUAGACCUCUUAAGCAGAAUCUGUUCCUUGCAACCCUGUGCUUUACCCUGUGCAUUUGUCCACCCUUUCCUGGCUGCACCCUUCUUUGUGUGGGAACCUUCUCCAAAUAAGUACUUGAGUUUCUUCCUGACAGAUGGGUAUAGGCCUCUUUAGAGCUGACUGGAAACAAUUCUUGUUUGACACACUUAAAAGGAAGAGAGCAGCCAAAAUAGCCCCCAACAUCCCAUCUUCCAGGACUUGGCAGGGGGCUGCGUGUUUUGAGUGCGUUUGGCAGAGUUUUGGUGUUCUGACUCAGCAGAUGAUAACAAAGGGAGGACGGCGAAGCGUUCCUUUAUUCCAUAAUCCUGUUUGCUUUUCUGGAAACGGGCUAUAGCCUCAGAAUCACUGACUCAAUUUUUGGAUCCUAUUCUCAUGACAAAGCGGCUGUCUGGUUUCAAACAAGCCCAUUAUAAAAAGGGUGCCUGGGUCCUGCCUGUUUUAUAACAGGUCCUGACUUGCCUCCAGCACUGGGAAGUUUGGCUGGAACAGAAAAUGUCCAGGGCUGGACCAAAGGUCACCUUCUAUGAAGACAAGAAUUUCCUGGGUCGUCGCUACGAGUGCGACGCCGACUGCCCUGAUUUCCACACCUUCCUGAACCGCUGCAACUCCAUCCGGGUGGAGGGAGGCACCUGGGUGGCCUACGAGAGGCCCAACUAUUCGGGGAACAUGUACGUGCUGAGGCGGGGGGAGUACCCUGACUACCACCACUGGAUGGGCCUCAAUGACCGCCUCGGCUCCUGCAAAGCUGUCCACAUACCAAGCGGAGCCCAGGGCCACAUCCAGGUGUUUGAGAAGGGGGAUUUCGGUGGGCGGAUGUUUGAAGCCACUGAAGACUGUCCUUCUAUCCUGGAGGAGUGCCACUUUCGUGAGGUCCACGCCUGCCGGGUGCUGGAGGGCACCUGGGUGUUUUACGAGCACCCCAACUACCGGGGCAGGCAAUACCUGCUGCCCAAGGGCGAGUACCGGCAGCCAGUGGAAUGGGGAGCAGUGACCCCUGCCGUCCAGUCCUUCCGCAGCAUCGCUGAGUGAAUGGUGGGGAGCUGGGCCCCCAAUAAAGCACUUGAGUCACUCAGAAGCUCUGUCCCGCUUUUUCCCCAUCUGUGAACCCGUUGGCCAGGUGCUUUCUUUGGGCAGAACAGUCUCCACCAGCUCCCACUGCCUCCAGCUCUGGCGGUGGGACUGCAGAGGGCAGAGACUCUGGAGAAUAGGGGUUGCUGGGCAUCCUGCCUGUAUUAGGAUGCCACUGGGUGGGGGAAAAGGAGGGGCAGCCACCAAAAAUGGGGAAGUUAGAAGAAGAUAAAGAGGUUGAACGUGGGCAGAGAUAGUGAACACCUCUCAAAACUGAGCGCUGAGAUUGCUGCUUGAUGUUCCCAAAGAACAGCAGAGGAUAGGAAGGAGUGAGUCCCCGGGCCCUGCAGACAUGCACUGAGCAGAAGGGGCCACCAGGCUCCCAGUCAUCCCAGUUUGGAAUGUCGGCUUUGCCCUGUGCCACUAGAUGUCAGGCUGGUUGUGCCCAUGCAGGAAGCAGUGAUGCAAGACACUCGUGGGGACUCCAGCCUGUUUGCAUGUGGAGCAGAGGGACCCCAGGCUAAUGAUGGCAGUGGAAGCAAAGCCCUUGCAGCCAUGCUCCCCAGUCUCCUUGGUUGAUGUAUGAGGUUAUUACAGAGCAGGGAGGCAGGCGAAGUGAUGUUUGUCAACCUGCAGUCCCCAGGAGCACAGCUCCCUGCAAAGGGCAAUGUGUGUCCCCAUCCUCCCCCAGUCCCCCUUUGCUCUCUGUCACGUCUGUCCUUUCCUCUGAGGUUUAAUUCUGCCUCUCAGACACUCCAGCAUUACCCAGCAAUUGGGGUCGGUGCACAAGCAAUCCCCCAGCACCUUGAUCAGCUUCCAGCAAAGCUCUCUGGGACCCUCCCUGGGAGACCUAAAGGGCACCAGCUUGAGCAUGGCAUGCAUGUUGGGUUUUGUUGCCUUUCCCAUUUCUACAUGGAAGAUUCCUGCAGGUGGGAUAGCAGCUGGUGAGUUUGGACACUGCAAUUCCUGCACCCCCAUUUUGGGGCACCAAGCUCUGCUUCACCCCUGCACUCACAUUACCUCCCUGCAUCCUUCCUGUGCAUCACCUGAACACAAUUAUCCCAGCUCUUCCCCUCCCCACCCUCCUGCCCUCUGGUAAAUUCCACAUUGUACCCCGAAUGCUGGCAAGCAAGGUGAACAACAGUAAAAUAUGCUGUUGUGUGGGUUUUAUUUUAUUUUAUUAUUAUUCCUGAUUACUUUUUCCACUGGGGGCUCCCUCGUUGCGGGUGUCUCCGAGCAGCGGGAGCGCAGGCCAUCCGGCCCAGCCCGCUUGAUGGCUAAUUUCCAUUUUUCAGUAUCAGGGGGUCUGCUCCGGUAAUUGGCAUGCAGAUUGAGUCUGAUGGGCCUGUUCCAUAUGAGAAAAGGCUCCGCUCGUUAGAAUAAGCCAACCCCAGGCUGAUGGAUGGGGCAGAAGGAGGUCACUGCGAAAGAGAAUGCAGCGAUAUGCGUGUACAAGAUGGGAAAUUUCUCCCCC